GUCGAUCCAAUUUACCAGGAUAAGGAAACUUUGAAAAUUGUGAUGACGAAAUACGCAAUUCGUGAAAGAUUCAAUUUCAAAACAGAGAGAUCGAAUGCUAUAAGCUACACUCUGGCAUGUUGGUCGCCGGAAUGUAAAUGGAAAUUCAGAGCGUCGAGAAUUGGGGAUUCUGAAAUGUUCAGGGUUAGAGCUUUCGAUGACGAACAUACAUGUCCGUUGAAGGACAAGGUGUAUUCACAAAGGCAGGCAACAAGUUGGUUUAUUGGAGAAGCGGUUGUGAAGGCGAAAAUAACUAACCAUAAAAGGAAGGUCACACCUGGGGAUAUAAUAGAUUAUGUUAAGAAUGAAUUCGGCGUAGAUGUUUCUUAUAUGAUGGCAUGGAGAGCUAGAGAGAAGGCUAUAAAAGAUUUCAGAGGUGAUCCAGCUCAUUCAUACAAGAAGUUGCCGGCAUAUAUAUACAUACUUGAUAAAACGUAUCCUGGAUCGCUCGUUAAAAUGCAUAAAUCACCAGAAAAUGAGUUUAUGUAUUUGUUUGUAGCACUCAAAGCAUUCAUAAAGGGAUUCGAGUGUUGUAGACCAAUAGUUGUAGUGGAUGGUGCACAUCUUAAAUCAACGUAUAAUGGUACAUUUGUGUCGGCAAGUACUUUGGAUGGAGCAGGUAUGUGUAAUUCUAUUCUAUGAAUGUUUUUUUUAUAAAUACAACAUUAUGCUUAUUGAUUUGCAAAUAAAGCUGCUAAAAACAUACUCUGGAUGUAUUGCUGGUGUAAAUUUGUGAAUAUUAUAUGUUGAAAUACACUGUAAA